AUGCAGGGGCUGACAGAACAGCCGAACUACGCCGAGAACGGCGGCGGUGCACCUCCCCGAACGCCAGCUCCGGCCGAGACGCCCGAGGACGCCGAGCGCUGGGCCGCCCAGCUGGCGAGCACGAAGCCCUUCUCCCUCGAGCCGUGGGACGUCAUGCUGGACCGGGAGCGGCCAAAGGUGGACGUGCUCCUUACGCCGUCGUGCAACGACCUCUGCCUGCGGACACCGCGUACGCUCCUCCGGCCCGUGCGCUUCGGCGACAGCGUCGCGAUCAAGAAGAUCAAGACCGAGCCGAUCGUGCAGAAGACCCAGCUGUACGGCACCCCGAAGAGUCUGCAGGAGAUCAAGGCGAAUUUCCAGACGCGGUACAUUGCUUCUUGUAUCCCUGCGAUUAGCAGGGAUGAGUACGCCCCCGAGGGGGAGGAGGCGCAGGGCGGCGCCUGGCGCGAUGAGUACAUCUGGGCCGUCACGAUUAAGCCGGGCAAGUCGGUAGAGGUCAAGAUCCUGCCUCCCGGAGAGGUGCGGUUGCAGAACCGUCUAACGAAUCUGGACGGAUAUGUCGGCAACAUCGCACUUAGCCUGUCCUCGAAGCGGCCACUAAGGCCCACGAAAGGCGAGGUAUGGCGCCACCCCACGGUGCAGGAGGCGAAGGACGCCGAGCUCGAGGGCAAGAUGUUCUACGAGCUGCACCCGCAACUGUGGGGGCAGGGUCUGAUCUCCGAGGUGUUCAAGGAGGUGCUCCGCUUUGCGUUUGACGAGGUGCUUUGCUCCAAAGUCAGCGCCGAUCCGACAGUCGGCAACGAUGCGAGCAUCAAGCUGUGCGAGCGUAACGGCAUGACGUUCGAGUGUCAGAAGGACAACGUCUACGGCAAGCCGCAGCUGUUCUACUCCGUCAGCAGGGACGAGUGGGUCAAGCGCUUCCGUGGAGGGAGCGGCAUCGACGCAUGGGGUGGAAAGGAGACGUGUAGGUGGUGCUUUGACUUCAGGAAGGAGGUUGGUCCCACGUGCAAGUGUGGAUGGGCGAAGUACUGCUCCAGAGAGUGCCAGAGGGCAGACUGGGCGUACAGGCAAGGGCACAGGAAGGAGUGCGAUGCCAAAAACUAG